UAAAUCUUCGCAGGUUGUUGUUGAUCAGCAUUCAUCUCGGCGAGUACAAAUGAACGGACGAGUUAAAAAAACUUUCGGUAACUUGCGAGUCUUUAUUCCAAACGCAGAGAAAAAGGAGGAAUGAUAUAUGCUACUACUUAAAUACACAGAGGUCCCUUAAUGGUACUACUUAAAUACAGAGGUCCCUUAAUGGUACUACUUAAAUACAGAGGUUCAGACGCAUCUACGUAACCCUAACUCCAACGAGUGCGCUCUGUAAAAACAUAUCGUUACGUCGAUGCAUCGGGACGCGAAAUAUUUUCCCCACGAGAGUUCCAGUCCCCAGUUAUGAACUCAUUUGCAUACAGUCAAUCAGAGCUCAACUCUCAAACUAAUUUAUGAGCGGCGCAUAUCGAAUGAUGGGCAAUAAGAUAAGGUCACUUGGGUAUGGAAUGACCAUUCUUCUUUUCUCUUUUAAGAAUGCUUGUUGUUCUUACCAUGGCUGCCUCUGCAUUGUUAUUUGUGUUACUCUCUUACUUGUUUCAGUCUUUUGACUGCGGCCAUGCUGGAGCACCGCCUUUAGUCGAGCAAAUCGACCCCAGGACUUAUUCUUUGGAAGCCUAGUACUUAUUCUAUCGGUCUCUUUUGCCGAACCGCUAAGUUACGGGGACGUACACACACUAGCAUCGGUUGUCAAGCGAUGGUUGGGGGGGGGGACAAACACAGACACACAAACACACACACACAUAUAUAUAUAUACGACGGGCUUCUUUCAGUUUCCGUCUACCAAAUCCACUCACAAGGCUUUGGUCGGCCCGAGGCUAUAGUAGAAGACACUUGCCCAAGGUGCCACGCAGUGGGACUGAACCCGGAACCAUGUGGUUGGUAAGCAAGCUACUUUACCACACAGCCACUCCUGUGUUGUUUCCUUCGUAAAAAAGUAAGGAGAGAAAGUUGCUAACACAUCACCCUCCACCCACAUUUUGCCCAUCCGUAUCUUUACCAUAAGGGGCCCUAACAAAAUCCGAUAAUAGGUAUACAUGCAAAUCUAAUUACUUCUCUCCUUCUGAAAUCAGGCAUAGCUUGGCGAUUGGUCGUCUUACAAAACCGUUCUUCGCCUUGAGUUUACUUGGUAGAGUGUGCUUAUUUAACUUGACAACACUCUCGUGGGAAAAAAAAUUCGCCAUUGGGACCUCUGUAUUUAAGUAGCGGCAAAAUCUUUCGGUAAUUUGCCAGUAUUUAUUCCAAAAACUGAGAAAAAGGGGAAUGAUAUUUAUUCUAAACUGAAAUUUAAAAAUUUUUCUCUUUCCUUUUUUUUUUUUUUGGUUUUGUUUUUUAGAAUUAUAUUUUUUCAACCUUGGAAUUUCACCCCCACAAAAAAAUUCUAACAUUCAGAACACAGAAAUCCUAAUCCAUUUUAAAUUUAAAAAUCAAUACAUGAAAGUGAAAGGACGAGUUAUUUGUUUAUGAAUUUAUUCGUUUCAGAAAAAGCCAAGUUAACUUUUGAUACUCAACAUCAUUACCCUUCACAAUUUGAAUUACAUUGUUUCCCCCCCACACAUUUACGAGCAGUUAUUUAGAUAAAUAAUUAUCUAGCUGGGUGUUGUAUUUUAUUUAUCACCGACUUCGUAUAAAUGAGAGAGUAUAUUCAUAUAAUUGAAGUUAUUCGUGACUGCAUCAGAUUAUGUUAGAGACAUUUAACUCAUGUCACCGGUAGUAUCAUUGAAGCUGGAAGAAAAUUCUCAAUGACCCCGACCAACUUGGUGUGUUUCAGGGUUUGUGAUGGCAUAAAAAGGGAAACCUCUUUCUCUCCCAGGACAUGGCAAGAAAUCUGCUUAAAGACUGAAGAACAACAUCAUCAAGAAGACAUGUCACUAUAUAUAACUAUAUAACUAUAUAUAACUAUAACAUUGAUUAAAUUACUGUGAAAUAUCUCUCUGAAUCAAUAUUAACUUCAAAUAUUUUGUGCAAAGUUGCAAAAAUGUUUACUAGAUGAGUUUGUGUGUUAAAUACAAUUGGAAACUUUACUAUGACUCAUCAUACGAAAUGUCUUCCAUUCUGUGAAACAUGUUUCAUUGUUGGAUAGUGACAAGUGGAGCAGGUUUAAAGAUCUUUUAUUGAGAUGUUUUCUCAUUCAUGGAUUGAAUCCAGCAAAGUGAUUCUAUCUAAACGAAGAAUCUUAAAAUAAUUUCUUUUCAGGAUAUAUAUUUUCAGAAUUUAUUAACACUGUUUGCGGAAACAAUAUUUAUUUGGAAUAUUAUUUGAACUCUGUCUUCAUUAUAAAUUACAAAGAAAACGAGCAACAUAUGUUUGCAUUGUUAUGUGAUUAAGAGAAGAAAUUAUGGAUGAGAAACUGUGUGAAAGUCAGGUUUGUAAUGAAACCCAACCUGGAGAUAACGAUGUAUUGCAGCAGCCUCAAGAAGAGACAGGGAAGAAAUCAUAUCCCUGUAACAUUUGCGGAAAGGUAUUUGCGAUGAAGAAAAAUUUAGAUCGGCAUAAAUUAAUUCAUACAGGGAAAAAGCCACAUGAAUGUGAUAUUUGUGGCAAAGCAUUCUUACUAAGAGGACAAUUAUCUACCCAUGAACGUACUCAUACAGGUGAGAAACCGUUCACCUGUGAUGUCUGUGGUAAAAUGUUCUCCCACAUUGGUAAUUUAACAUGCCACAUACGUACUCACACAGGUGAGAAACCAUACUGUUGUGACAUCUGUGGCAAAGCAUUCUCUCAAAGACAUUCUUUACUUUACCAUAAAAACGUUCAUACAAGAGAGAAACCAUUCCACUGUGAAUUUUGUGAUAAAGUAUUUCCUGAAAGUGGUGCCUUGUCUAAACACAAACUUAUUCACACAAGUGAAAAACCAUUCCAAUGUAAGACGUGCGGCAGAGCGUUUUUCGCACGCAAUGCCUUAUCUCAACAUGAACAUACUCACGCAGUUGAGAAGCCAUUCCACUGUGAUAUCUGUGGCAAAACGUUUUCUCAGAACAGUUUGUUAAACAGGCAUCAACGUAGACAUGCAGGUGAAAGAUCGUACUCUUGUGAUAUCUGUGGUAAGGCAUUCUUUGAGAGUGGUGCAUUGUCUUGUCACAUACGCAUCCACACAGGAGAGAAACCCUAUGAUUGUGAUAUCUGCGGUGAAAAAUUCUCUCAACGUAGCAAUUUGUCUCGCCACAAACGUACUCACACAGGUGAGAAGCUACAUGCUUGUGAUAUGUGUGGUAAACAGUUUUCAGAAAGGAAAUCUUUACUCAACCAUGUAAAAAAUCAUACGGGAGAGAAAUCAUUCCACUGUGAUAUCUGUGGUAAAAUAUUCUUUGAAAGAAUGCAAUUAUCUAAACACAUCCGUACUCACAAACGUGAAAAACCUUACUCUUGUAGAAGCUGUGGUAAAUCUUUCUCCCAGAGAACUUCUUUACGUUACCAUAUAAAAACUCAUACAGGAGAGAAGCCAUUCCACUGUGAAAUUGGUGAUGAAACCUUUUCUCAGAAAAGUUUGUUGAACAAAAUUAAACCUACAAAAACAGGUGAGAAGCCAUACCGGUGUGAUGUCUGUGGCAAAACAUUCUCUCAAAUUGGUCAUUUAUCUUGCCACAAACGUAUCCACACAGGAGAGAAACCUUAUGAUUGUGAUAUCUGUGGUGAAAAGUUCUCUCAGCUUGGCAAUUUAUCUCGCCACAAACGUAUUCACACAGGUGAGAAGUUGUACUCCUGUGAUAUCUGUGGUAAGCAAUUCUCUGUGAGGACAUCUUUACUCUACCAUGUAAGAAACCAUACUGGGGAGAGACCCUUCCGCUGUGAUAUCUGUGGUAAAAUGUUUUCUCAGAACAAUUUCUUAAACAAGCAUAAACGUAGACACACAGGUGAGAAAUCGUACUCCUGUGAUAUCUGUGGUAAGGCGUUCUUUGAAAGUGGUGCUUUAUCUCGUCACAAACGUAUACACACCGGAGAAAAACCAUACCGCUGUGAUUUCUGUGGUAAAACAUUCUCUCAAACUGCUCAUUUGUCUUGCCAUAAACGUAUUCACACAGGUGAGAAACCCUAUCACUGUGAUAUUUGUGGUAAAACAUUCACUUUAAAUAGCAGUUUGAGGAACCAUAAAUCUGUCCAUACGGAUGAGAAACCAUAUUUCUGUGAUGUCUGUGGUGAGGCAUUCUCACAAAACGGUGAUUUGUCCAGACAUGCACAAAUUCACGCUAGUGAUUGUGCUGAAUGUUCCGUUACAACUUGUCAUACAAAAUGCCCGAUUCCACCAGAACACCUGCUACCAGCAUCGGUUUUGAGAAAUUUCUUCAGAGUUAAUAUGGAGGAUGGUAAUCACUCGGACAUUUCUAGCACAAAUGUUUCUGACAAUAUAGAUUCUGUUAAACAGACAUCCAGUGCUGAGGAAGCUUUAUCUUGUGGUAAGAAAUCUUUAUCCUCUAAAAACAAGUCACCUAAAAGAAAUAUUAAUUGUGAAAUAUGUGGAAAAUCAUUUGCCAGUAAUAGGUGUUUAGCAAGUCACAAAAAACUACACACAGAAGGAAAACCAUUUCACUGUGAAGUCUGUGGAAAAUCGUAUGCAAAGAACGUUCAACUUGUUGUUCACAUUCGUAGUCAUACUGGAGAAAAACCUUAUCAUUGUGAUGCUUGUGGGAAAUCAUUUGCAAUCCAUAGUUGUUUAACAAAUCAUAAAAGGAUUCACAAUAGAGGAAAUCGUUACCACUGUGAUAUAUGUGGGAAAUCUUUUGUUGAUAAAAGUUAUUUUACGAACCACAAAAGAAUUCACACCGAAGACAGACUUUAUCGUUGUGAAAUAUGUAAUAAAUCUUUCAUUGCUAAAAGCUAUUUAACAAGGCAUAAAAAAAUUCACACCGGAGAAAAACCUUACCAUUGUGAUAUUUGUGGGAAAUCUUUUGCCAUUAAUAGUUCUUUAACAAAUCAUAAAAGGAUUCACUCUGGAGAAAGACCAUUCCAUUGUAAAAUAUGUGAGAAAUCUUUUGUCAGUAAUAACUAUUUAAUGAAGCACAAAAGAAUUCAUUCUGGAGAAAAACCUUACCAUUGUGAGAUAUGUGGGAAAUCUUUUGCUGUUCUUAAUUGUUUAACAAAUCAUAAGAGUUUACACUCUGGAGAAAAACCAUUCCAUUGUAAAAUAUGUGAGAAAUCUUUUGUUAAUAAAAGUUAUUUUACAAGACACAAAAAAAUUCACUCAAAAGAAAACCCCUAUUGUUGUGAAAUAUGUCGUAAAUCUUUCAUAUCUAAAAAUCAUUUAACAACCCACAGAAGAAUUCACAGUGGAGAAAAACCAUUCCACUGCGAGAUCUGUGCUAAGUCGUUUACUACCAGUUAUUCUCUUGGAGUCCAUAAAAGAAUACACUCUAAUGAAAGACCUCAUGAUUGUGAGAUUUGUGGGAAAUCUUUCUUGGUGAAGUUUCAUCUCAUUAAACACAAAAGAAUUCACACUGGAGAAAAACAAUUCCACUGCGAGAUCUGUGGAAUGUCGUUUGUGGAUAAGAGUUCUUUAACGAGUCACAAAAGAGUACACACGGGAGAAAAACCUUUCUUUUGCGAUAUAUGUGAGAAAUAUUUCUCCUCCAACAGUAAUUUAACCAGACACAAAAUAAUACACAUUGGGAAAAGAGAAUUCCACUGCGAAAUAUGUGGUAAAUCUUAUUUUAAUAAUUGUGAUUUAAAAAGACACAAAAUAAAACAUGAUGGAGAAAAAACAUUUCACUGUGAAAUUUGUGGAAAAUCGUUCUUCGAUAAUUGUAGUCUUACAGCUCACAUUCGUAGUCACACUGGAGAAAAGCCGUAUCAUUGCAAUGUCUCUCACAUUCGUAGUCACACUGGGGAAAAGCCGUAUCAUUGUGUCAUCUGUGAGAAAUCUUUCUUCCGUAGCAGUAGUUUAAAAAGACACAAACUACAACACAUUGGAGAAAAAGCCUUCCAUUGUGAAACAUGUGGGAAGUCUUACUUUAAUAAUUAUGAUUUAAAAAGACACAAAAGGGAACAUGGUGGAGAAAAAACAUUUCACUGUGAAAUUUGUGGGAAAUCCUUCUUCUAUAAUGCUAAUCUUAUCGUUCACAUCCGUAGUCACACUGGAGAAAGGCCCUAUCAUUGUGACAUCUGUGAGAAAUCAUUUAUCUAUAAAAGUGACUUAAAUAAACACAAAGGAACACACACUGGAGAAAAGCCUCAUUGUUGA